GAUUGAAGACUGCGACACUGUCAGGUCAGAAGACUUCAGGGGUGGAGCCCUGGAGCAUAUAAAAGGAGCUGCGUGCCCGACAUGAGGGAAGCACAUCGGGGAUGGAGAAGAGAGAAGAGCGGGGCUUAGAAGAGCUGAGGAGAGCUGCUCGGCAGGGUGAAGCAGCAGCCUGGAAAUGCCCCUGAAGACUUCCAUCAGCGGGGAAUGGUGGACAGCUCCAGCGGUCAAGCUCUCAGUGUGCAGCACGGCUCACAGUGUCCAGACCCUGGGAGCUGCGUGAAGCAGCUCAGGUCUGCAACCUCUGGCGUGCGGCCAGAGACACGGCGCACAGGCCGGUGCACAGAGCAGGAUGUUUGGAGCGCUUGGGCACCAAGCCCGGAGCGAGGCUGGGAGCUCGGUGCAGAAAGCGCUGCAUGGAGGUCCGGGAGUGGGCCGAGCCUGGUGCUGCACGAGGCAGCCCAGGCCUCUGACCCAUAGCAAAAUGUUGAGUCCAGGGAGACAGACAGUGACCGGGCUACUGAGCCAGCAGACAGGGCCGAGCCAGAGGCCCCAGAAGCCCUGCAUAGCGGGGCCCUGUUCCAGGGGACAGCGACCCCCAAACCCACCUCAGGCAAGAGGGCAGCUUGGGGCAGAGGAUGAGGACCACCCUCCAGGCCUGGGAGCCGUGAGUUUCGGGAAAAGAGGAUUCCCACAGGGGAGGGGAGUCCCCCCGGUUAGCUAAGGGCUCCUGAAAGUGGAGGUCCCGCUGGGAGGGCCCCCCUGAAGUUACCAGCUUCCUUGAAGGUCUUGGGAAAAGUGCGAGGGCAUUGGGGUUUCCCCUUGGGAUUAAGUUUAUCUUUGGGAUUAUUGCUGCGUAAGUGGUGUGACGUUGUGCCUUAUAUUUUGUGAACUCUCGCGUUUGUAAAAGAGUAGAUAAGUGGAGUCCUAGGGCUCCGCUGGGCCCCCGGUGCUAUUGUUUCACCUGUUGUUUACUUGUAUUUUUGUUUAUUUGUGUUUUUCUUUCAUUGUAUUAUUUGUGCCUGAUUUAUUGCUCACCGAGACUGAGCUGUAGUUUAUCUGUUAGCUACCUAUGUUUAGUGUGGGGUUUAUCUCUUUCAGAUCAGAUACUUCCCUGUGACUUACCUGUAUCUGGAGCACUGGUGUAAGGUUUUAUGGCAUUUACCCAGAGGGUAUUGUGUAUGUUAUUUGUUUAGAUAUCUUAUAUAUAGAGAGAGAACAUAUGCUUAUAUCCACGUUUCUUUCCCUUGUGCUAAGUUAAUGUAAAUACAUGUGUACAUAGUUAGUCCCCUGACUGGCCCGGCCUGGUGCUAUAGGGACGGAGGGAGACUGAGCGGUCUGCAGUUCCCCCACAGCACACCUGCCAGCUAACAAGCCCCUUCAAUUGGAGAAGGGGAGGAUAUACCCAAGUACACCUGUGCUGCACAGGCAUUGACUUCACAAUCCUUGGAAGUUUCCCAGACAGACCCUCCUGCAAGCCUGAGCAUAAAGGCGCCCCCCCAAAUUUGCCAGCCCCCUUUCACAAAUCACUUGUGCUGUUGACCAUGAACCGCUUCGCUAGGUCUCAGAAAGCCAAGGCCAGCAGCAUGGAGCAGGCAGGCCAGGAGGCUGGUACCUCCAACGCCCAUGGACCCAGCUGGAGCUGGGAAGAACUGGAGGACUUAAUUGACAUUUGGUGGGAGCAAAGGAUCCUAGACAGGCUGGAAAGCAGGAGGAAUAAGCCUGUUUAUGUCAAGAUGGCAAAAGGCGUGCAGACGCGAGAGCUGGUGCAAGAUCAAGUCACUGAGAUCAGCGCUUUACAAAGCCAAAGAUGCGAACUCUUGUUCUGGGGCAGGCUGCACAAUUGCCCGCUUCUAUGACAAGUUGCCCAUCGCUCUGUCCAAGGAUGUGGGCAACACCUUGGAUUUGGAGGCUUUCAGCACCAGGGUUGGGCUGGAGGAGGAGGAGGCGGCGGCAGCGGCGGUGGCAGGCCCUCCUGAGAGUGAAACCAUCAGCAUGUCUCGGCUGUACGGAGACUGCUCCCUGCUCCAUGAUGACCAUGAGUGGCAGGAAGCACCGUCAGUCACCUUACACUUAGUGCCACUUAGCCCCUCUGGUCCACGGGGCAGCACGAAUGAUGAAGCGGAGGAGGUGGAGGGUCAGGAAGAAACCCACGCAGCCGAUGCAUCAUGUACUGUUCCCGAGACCCAAGAACAUGCUGGACCAUUCACCAUGACCCAUAGCCACUGGGAACGGCGCCCCGCUCGCACUUCAGCAGAGCACUGCAAGCAAAGACGGUCCUGCGAACCCUCGCUCAAGGCUUUGGCAGAGUCCUUAGUAGCCAGAGCAUGUGAAGCUGCCUGGUGGGACGAACUCCGUGAGUCCCAGCAUAAGGAGGUUGCCAUCCUCGAGGAAGGGCGAGACACCAUGCAGAAUUUAAAGGACGUGGUCGAGGAGUCCCGUGCUGAAUUAGAGGUCACAGGACACUUUCAAGGAUACCUUUCAGAGUGUGCAGAACUACCUGAAUAAAUGGGUACGACGCCCAAAAAGGAAAA